AUGAACAAUAACAACAGAAUCGGAGUUGAUAAUGAUUCUGAAACAGUUACGUCGAAUACUCCGCAACCAAAAACAUUAUGUGAAUAUAUGAAAAGAAGAAAAGGAAUGUGGAUUACAUUUACUAUUAUUGUACUUGUUAUAAUUAUAACAAUUCCAAUUGUUAUCUCCAAAACAAAAAUAAUAAACAGUGAAACAACACCAACAAUAGAAGAAACAACAAUUGAAAUAACAACAGAAAUGGAAGUACCACAAACUACAGAACCAACUACGACAUCAACAUCAACAACAACAUCGACAACAAAAACAAAAUCAACAACAACAACAGAAAUACCGAAAUGGACAAUGGCAGGAAACAUGAGUACUGCACGAAGACAUCAUACAGCAACCAUAUUAAUAAAUGGAUUCGUAUUAGUGACUGCUGGAUACAACGGCUUUACUCAUCUCAAGAGUGCUGAAUUGUAUAAUCCAUCAACAGAUACUUGGACAACUACGGCAAACUUGAGUAUCGCGCGAUCUUAUCACACAGCGUCCAUAUUAGCAGAUGGAUCAGUAUUAGUUGCUGGUGGAUACAACGGUACUUAUCUUGAUAGUGCUGAAUUGUACAAUCCAUUGACAGACACUUGGGCAAUGGCACGGAGUAUGAAUGCCGCACGAGGAAAACAUACAGCAAUCACAUUAACAAAUGGAUCAGUAUUAGUUGUUGAUGGAUAUAAUAGUACUAAAACUUAUCUUAAUAAUGCUGAAUUGUACAAUCCAUCAACAGGCACUUGGACAAACAUAGGAAGCAGGCAUGUCGCACGACAAUAUCACACGGUAUCCACAUUAGAAGAUGGAUCAGUAUUAGUUGCUGGUGCAUCCACUAGCAGUAUUAUUAAUCAAUAUAGUGCUGAAUUAUAUAUUCCAUCAAUAGACACUUGGAGAUCUACAGGAGACAUGAGAUACCGCCGAUCUUUUCACACAGCAUCCACAUUACUAAGUGGAUUUGUAUUAGUUGCUGGUGGAUCCAACAAGGGUGCUUUGGAUAGUGCUGAAUUGUACGAUCCAUUAAAAGGCACUUGGACAGUGACAGGAAACAUGGAUGUCAUACGACAUGAUCACACAGCAUCCACAUUAACAAAUGGGUAUGUAUUAGUUACUGGUGGAUACAGCAGUGCUACUCUCAAUAGUGCUGAAUUGUACAAUCCAACAACACGCACUUGGACAACCACAGGACGCAUGAAUGCCGCACGACAGUAUCACACAGCAUCCACAUUAGCAAAUGGAAAAGUAUUAGUUACUGGUGGAAUGGGCAGCAGCACUACUCUCAGUAGUGCUGAGCUUUACUAA